AUGUCUUCCAACACCGAUAAAAAUACCACCUCUCAGACUGACGGCAAGGCCAGUCAGACCAAGAAGUCUGAAAUGGGCAUGAUGGCCUAUAAGAUGUACGUAUUUGACCAGGAGAACUUCCAGGGCCGCAUGAUUGAGAUCAACGCUGAGUGCAUGAAUGUGUGUGCGAUGGGCAUGGACAGGGUCCGCUCGCUGCGAGUGGAGUGUGGCCCUUUUGUAGGUUGGGAGCAGAUGAGCUUCUGCGGAGAGAUGUACAUUCUGGAGAAGGGCGACUACCCUCGCUGGGACUCCUGGAGCAACUGCCAGAAAAAUGACUACCUGCUGUCUUUUAGACCUGUCAGAAUGGACCCUGAGAAGCACAAGAUCUGUCUGUAUGAGGUGGGUGACUACAAGGGCCGUAAGAUGGAGAUCAUGGACGAUGAUGUGCCCAGUCUCUACUCCUACGGCUUCACCGACAGAGUAGGAAGCAUCUUCGUCGGCUGUGGAACCUGGGUUGGCUACCAAUACCCUGGCUACCGUGGCAGCCAGUACCUGCUGGAGAAGGGAGACUAUAGACACUUUAACGAGUAUGGAGCUCGCUGUCCUCAGAUGCAGUCCAUUAGGCGCAUCCGUGACAUGCAGUGGCACCCACAUGGAUGCUACACCAUGGCCACCAAGUGA